UACCCCCCUAAAAUUUAGUUGGCUAGUAGUUCCGAACUGAAUCCUUCAUGGAAUCGGUACCUAACAUGAGCAGUAACUUAUCGGCGGCGGAGCGCCCCAGGUUGUUCACGGCGUCACAGUGGCAGGAGCUGGAGCGGCAGGCUUCCAUCUUCAAGUUCUUGAAGGCUGGAGUCCCCGUCCCUCGUGACCUCCUCACCAGCAUCAUUUUUCCCAGCUUCCUCUCCCAACAAAAUUGUAUAACAGUCUUAAAGAUUCAAUCUCUCUUUCUUUCUUUUCCAAGUAUUGUAUAUUUUCCCCCAUUUUUAGUGGGAUAUUGUUCCUAUUAUGGGAAGAGGAUAGAUCCAGAGCCCGGUAGGUGCCGGAGGACAGAUGGCAAGAAGUGGAGGUGCUCAAAAGAUGCAUGUCCGGACUCCAAAUAUUGUGAGCGGCACAUGAAUAAAGGCCGCAUCCGUUCAAGAAAGCCUGUGGAAUUACAAAAUACUUCUCAGUCCUUACCAGCUGUGGCAUCAAAUAUUGCUACUGGGAGCAGCAGUGGACCUGGGAGCUUUCAACCCACACUCUUAAGCCAUAAUUCUCAAGCUCUGUCCUUUGGAAGCAAUCUGCCACAGAUGGAGAUGGAGCCUACACCAUAUGAAGUUUAUGCUAAGGAAUGCAGGUUUCUCUAUGGACUGAAGCCUGAAGCAGAAAUGAACAAUGGAGAAGCUCUGGAGGGUCUAGGUCAUAGGGGGGCAACAAAAAAUACGAAAGAGAGCACGUGGAACUUUGUGACAUCUCAAAUUCCAUCCCACUCCUUAACAGAGCCAAUUAGUGAUGAUUUUCUGCAAUAUGACUACCCCCAACUGCAGGUGCUCCAAGAUAUUGAACCACCAACUAUGUCCGAUGCAAUGCCAAAGCAGCAGCACCAGCAUUGCACCUUUGGCAGAGAUUACAGCUCUGUUUCGUAUACGAAGAAAGAAGUUCAGCAAUCACUUGAGCCAUAUCUUGAAGGUUGGCCUAGAAGUUUGGAUUUUGGUUCACAUGUUGAUGAGCAGAAGUCUAACAAGUUGCCUUCAAUCACAACAAAGCUAUCAAUCUCUACUCCAAUGGCUGGCUGCAAAUAUAAUAUGAGCAGUCAUCCUCAAAGGGAUGCUUGAAAGAAGUGCGUACAGCAACAUGCUCGGUUUGAAUGUGGCAUCCACAUCUAUGAAUCUUCCCUCCCUGUGGGUGAAACCAACUUUUAUUUUUAUUUUAUGUUUCUGCAUGUUCAAAUUGAAGAGUUAAACUGGAAAUGUAUGCUUAAGUUUUGUUUCAAGAGCAAAACACUGCUGAUCAAGGGAGUUAUUAGAAUCA